AUGUUACUUCUCGCAUUCGCAGAUUACAUUGGCACCCAACUCUGCCGGACACUUGACGUGUUCUUCAAUCUAUACCGAAUCGAUACCAGCGACAACCAAUCGGAAAGUCUUACUUGCACCUCACUGUGGCUUAGCUAUGCGAGUCAAACCCAACAUAUCAGCAGCAUUUGCCUUACCGUGCUCUGUCGAUUACAGAAGCUUACUGAAAUCUACGGGGUGCGAAGUCUCUCGAUUGUACUUCAGGAUAUUGAAGAUGAGCUAUCAUUGCCAGACCUCAAUGCGAAACAGAAGAGUGAACUCGAAGAAAUCAUUGUCGGUUGUCGAGAUGUUCUUGGGAAGUUGCAACGAGCGUUGAGCACAUAUGGUGAAUUUAAAUGUGACUCUAGAGGUGUGGGCUAUAAGGCGAAUUUUUUUUGGAAACGGUUUCAGUGGGAGCCUGAUGACAUCAAAGAGCUUCGAAGUCGUGUUACAACAAAUGUGACUUUUUUGAAUGCAUUUCGGGGGAAAUAUACUAAUGAAACACUACAUGAGAUAAAGAACAGGGCAGACCAAUUUCAUGAACGACAAGAUGAUCGGGAACUCAACAAGGAAUCUUUAACGAUUCUGGAUUCGCUUACCCUAAUCGAUCAUACAUCUCAACAGCAUGAUUGCAUCACAAAACGGCAAGCAGAUACAGGAAAGCGGCUUUCUAGAUUCGCCAAAUGGGUAAAUUCUGAUAAGCAGAAAUUGUUCUGUCCAGGUAUCCCUAGUGCAGGCAAAACGAUACUUACAUCAAUUGUUGAAGAGCGCAUUAACCCCUUCCGAAACGACAAAAGUGUUGGAAUUGCGUACUUCUGUUGCAACUUUCGACGCCAGCAUGACCAAAAGAUUGAUGACUUGCUAUUAAGCCUUCUCAAGCAGCUCUUAGGAUACCAGCCUUCACUACCAGCUGUAGUGAAAGAUAUAUUUAAUCUACACUCACCCAGGCAGAAUCGCCCGUCGGCAAAGGAAAUCUCUAGUACCCUCAAGUCUAUGAUUGGUUCGUAUUCCAAGGUAUUCAUUAUUGUUGAUGCUCUUUAUGAAUGUCAAAUGGCUAAUGGUUGCCGAAUGCAAUUUCUGUCAGAGAUUUUCGAUAUCCAGGAAACAUGUCAACUAAGUCUUUUUUCUACCUCGAGACACAUUCCCGACAUUGAAAAAAGGUUUGACAGCUCUAUGCGGUUGGAAAUUCGAGCCAGCGAUAAAGAUGUAGAGAGAUACUUAGACGGUCGCAUUUCGCAGUUACCUGAAUAUGUACAAAAGAGAACGGACUUACAAAAUGAAGUCAAGACUGCAAUCAUUACAGCAAUUGAUGGAAUGUUCCUGCUUGCCCGACUUAAUUUUGAUUCGUUAAGAGGAAAGCAGUCUCCAAAGGCUAUGCGAAACGCUUUGAAUAGUCUUCCAACUGGAUCUGAUGCAUACAGAGAUGCAUACAAAGAUGCUAUGGAAAGAAUUGAAGGACGGCUGGAUGAUGAGAGAGACCUUGCAAAGCAGGUCCUUUUAUGGAUCACUUGUGCAAAAAGGCCUCUUACAACAGCAGAACUUCAAGAAGCUAUUGCAGUGGAGAUCAACGAGUCGGAGCUUGAUGAAACAAAUUUCUCUGAAAUUAGUACAAUGAUUUCUGUGUGUGCUGGAUUGUGCGCUUGGUUCAUUAUACUACAAAAGAAUACUUCGAGCGGGCACGAGACGAUUGAUUUCCUGAUGCAGAAAACCUUUAUUACUACAAUUUGCGUUACAUAUCUAUCAUUCGAAACUUUCAAUACCGGUUUCUGUCUAGAUUCCAGAGACUUCGUGAAGCGGGUACGGUGUAAUAAAUUGUCGACAUACGCCGCACGAUUUUGGGGGCUUCAGGCUGGCAAGGCUUUAGUUUUAGAAAAGACAUUAGAGCAAGCGCUUUUAAGAUUUCUUGAAAGCCAAGCAAAGGUCGACGCAUCAUGGCAGUUAAUGAAUUCUCCUCAGAGGAAUGGCAGAAAUGCAUAUACAGGGUUCUUUAGACUUGACACUGUAAUAGAACUAUUGCUUCAUUCGGAUAAACUGAAAGUUGAUUUAAUGAACUCGCCAGGCUCGCAAGCGGAGUAUAUUAUUCUUGAUCCCAAUGUUAUCAAUCAGGGUCGAACGCCACUCUCUUAUGCGGCGGAAAACGGGCAUGAGAAGGUGGUGAAUCUCUUGCUUAAGAUGGGCAAAGUCGAGAUCGAUUCUAGAGAUCAAUUCCAUCAGACGCCAUUUUUUCAUGCGGUUGAGAACGGGAACAAGAAUGUGGUAAAGCUUCUGCUUGAUACAGGCAAAGUUGAUGUCAAUUUCAAAGAUGGCAAUGGUGGUACGCCACUGUAUCGGGCGGCUAGAUUCGGCAACGAGAAGGUGGUAAAACUUUUGCUUGAGAUAGGUAAAGUCGAGAUAGAUACACUUGGUAAGCUUGACACAACGCCGCUAUUAGGUGCUGUUCGCAACGGACACGAAUCAAUAGUAAAGCUACUACUCGAUAGAGGUGCGGUAGACAUCAAUCGGAUUAAUUACGAGCACCGAACUCCAAUCUCAUAUGCUGCUGAAAGAGGCUUUGAGUCUAUGGUAAAGCUAUUUCUCAAUACAAAUUCAGUUGAUGUCAAUGUUGUUGAUAGUUACCACCGAACACCUAUCUCCUAUGCUGCUCAGUUUGGUAGCGAAUUGAUGGUAAAGCUACUUCUUGAUACAGGGAAGAUUGAUAUCGGCUACCACGACAGCAGGGGUCUAACACCAUUUUCCUAUGCUUGCAUUAAGAGAAGUAGGAGCAUCAUUAAAUUGCUGCUCAAUACAGGUAAAGUUGAUCUCAAUCACAAAGAUGAGAACGGGAUGGCACCUUUAUGGCUGGCAGCUUCUGCAGGCUACGAGGCAGUUGUCAAGCAAAUUCUUCAACGGCUGCAGUGA